AUGAUUGGGUAUGCAGUAAUCGUGUCGAUGUCGGUACUGACUGCUGCAUGCUGUCAAUUUCUAAUACGAGAACGGAAGAAGAAAAGCAAACAUAUGCAGAUGCUAUCCGGAAUUAAUCCAUGGAUGUACUGGUGUACGGCUUUUGUAUGGGAUGCAUUUUGGUACCUAGUGAGCGCCGCAGCGUUCAUUGCCAUUUUCUACGCAUUCGAUAUUGAGCAAUUCACAGAAGAUUCCCGAACGGCACUAAUCUUACUGCUGGCGAUGGCGUUGUUCGGCUGGACGGCGAUCCCCUCCACGUACUUGUUUUCUUUUCUGUUCACGUCAGCACCGAAAGGCUUCACCCUCAUCGUCAUGUACAACAUAAUAACAGGUGAG